AGCGCGGUAUUUGAAUCGCCGACCGGGCCGAGAGUGGGGAGCAGCGAGACCCGGAGACGCCCAACGGCGCCGCGGACCCCGGUGGCUGCGCUGAGUACGCACUGCCCAGCGCGGCCCUCAUGGCGCUGCUCCGACGCCCGACGGUGUCCAGUGAUUUGAAGACUAUUGACACAGGAGUUAAUCCUAAAGCUAAGAGCCAUGUGACUAUCCGGCGGGCAGUUUUAGAAGAAAUUGGAAAUAAAGUUAGAACCAGAGCAACCCAAGUGGCGAAGAAACCUCAGAACACCAAAGUACUAGUUCAGCCCGCCAAAGUGACCAAUGUCAACAAACAGCCGAAACCUACAGCCUCUGUGAAACCGGUACAGAUGGAGACACUGGCUCCGAAGGAGCCUUCUCCCGUCCCUGAGGAUGUCUCCAUGAAGGAAGAGAACCUGUGCCAAGCUUUCUCUGAUGCUUUGCUCUGCAAGAUCGAGGAUAUAGAUAACGAGGACUGGGAAAACCCUCAGCUCUGCAGUGACUACGUGAAGGACAUCUACCAGUACCUCAGGCAGCUCGAGGUUUUGCAGUCCAUCAGCCCACACUUCUUAGAUGGAAGAGAUAUAAAUGGACGCAUGCGUGCCAUCCUGGUGGACUGGCUGGUCCAAGUCCAUUCCAAGUUUAGGCUUCUGCAGGAAACGCUGUACAUGUGCAUUGCCAUCAUGGACCGGUUCCUACAGGCUCAGCCAGUCUGCCGGAAGAAGCUGCAGCUGGUUGGGAUCACAGCUCUGCUCUUGGCUUCCAAAUACGAGGAGAUGUUUUCCCCAAAUAUCGAAGACUUUGUUUAUAUCACAGACAACGCUUACACCAGUUCCCAAAUCCGAGAGAUGGAGACUCUGAUUUUGAAAGAGCUGAAAUUCGAGUUGGGCCGGCCUUUGCCACUCCACUUCUUAAGGCGAGCCUCAAAAGCCGGGGAGGUCGAUGUCGAACAACACACUUUAGCCAAGUAUCUGAUGGAGCUGACACUCAUCGACUAUGACAUGGUGCAUUAUCACCCUUCUCAGGUCGCAGCUGCCGCUUCCUGCCUGUCCCAGAAGGUGCUGGGCCAGGGGAAAUGGAAUUUAAAGCAGCAGUAUUACACAGGAUACAUGGAGAGUGAAGUACUGGAAGUCAUGCAGCACAUGGCCAAGAACGUGGUGAAAGUCAAUGAAAACCUCACCAAGUUCAUUGCUAUCAAGAACAAGUAUGCGAGCAGCAGACUCCUGAAGAUCAGCACGAUCCCUCAGCUGAACUCCAAGACCAUCACAGACCUUGCCUCCCCUCUGAUGGGCAGGCUUUAGGCAGCCAGGCUUCCGUCGUGUACAUCUCUGAUUUUGUACAUACUCCUCUAGUUUACUUCACAAAACCUCUUCUCAAACUAAUUUUCUAAUUGUGUAUUGAGGAAAAAUAAAGCUAUUGAUUUUCUUAAGGAA